AUGAAACAGAAUGGCACCGGUCGACGCAUCUCGCCACCGGAGACUCCAGAGCCUGACCUUCAGAACGGUCUUUUCGACGAGUGGAGCUGGUCAUUGCCCGCGGGGGAUCUCCACCAACCCCAGCAUCAGCCUACCGGAGCGACAACAGCCUUACUAGACCCCGCUAGACCCUUAUCGACCACUGGGGCUCCUGCGCAUGGCUACGGUCUACAGACACCCAUCCUAGAUCAGGAUCAAACCGAUCUAGCAAAGACGGACUACCAGAAUGUUUGUUCUAUGCCAGACGCGAUGUCCUUCCCAGUGACUGCAAUACCAACCAUGGCGCCAUCCAUGCCGCGCAAGCUCUCACUUGACGAAAACGGGAGAGAUAGGACAAAACUGGGCGAGAAAGAAUUUGCAGUUUUGUUGCAGCUCUGCUCAAAGCUGCAAGGGCACCUGGCCCAGGUCGGAGGGUCAGUCACCAACCAAGCGCCAAACGGGCCAACCAUGACACCGUCGAUGAGUCCGGCAAUUUCAGCGGCACGCCUGCGAGAGAUGCUCGAAGACAUAUCUAAGAGUUCCGAUGUCAUUUUUGGUCUCUAUGGUCAGGGUGACCUGUCGAAGCCCACUGCACAGCUGGUCGAGAAUCUGGAUCAUGCAUCGACAUCGCUGGCCAUCGCGGUCGUCUUCAAGGUCUUCCAGGUCUGCGACACUGUGCUGAGUUGCAACUCGCUGAAAAGUCAAGGACUGAAUGACUUGCUUCUCCAAAAAAGGCUCGACUUCAAUCUGAUGCAGGCUAGAAUUGUGGCUGCCAAAAUUGAGGAGAUGACACAGGGCGGCUUGGCGGUCUCGAGAAAGGUUGCGUUGAACGCUACUGGUGUGGAACAAAAACUCAGGGCAAUCUCCUAG